AUGGGUUCUCCGGCGAUCGGGAUCCUCAGAUCCCGCCACCGUUCUCACCGGAGGCCGCUGCAGCCGAAGAACACGCCAUCGGAGCCCCACCGGAGCAGCGGGGGAGUCAAGCGCGGGCAGUCUCCGAGGACGAUCCAGUCCUCGCCGGAGGAUGCGAUCGGCGGGAAGGAGAACCGGCCGCAGGAGCUUUCGGCGGGGAUCGAUCCGGCGGACACGUCGCUGGGGAAGGAGCUGGUGGCGGUCCGGCGGCGGAGGGAGAGGAUCAGGUCCGAGAGGGAGAGGACAGAGAAGCUGCUCAUAGAGAGGAGUCGGAUGUUGGACACGGCGAUGAGAAAGGCGGAGGAUAGAUGGGAGGCACAGCUGAAGAUGGAGGCGGAGCUCAGACAGGUGAUCAGGCUGCGGGAACUCGGUCCAUCACCUUCGGUAAGACGCCGACCUCCAUGGUUAUUUCCUUCAAUCGCUCUGAUCAGGAGGAACUAAGACUUUCCCCAAUCCCCUCAGGUUUUCCCAUCUUUGAGAUCUCUCAGACAUCGAGCAUUGGAGGCGCGGACAGGAGAUGUUACUCCUCAGGCAAGCAACCUCAAUUUCUUCUCCACAUUUCUUGGAGAUACAGAACUAGAGAUCUUUGGCACUGUGAGAUUAUCUGGAUAUCCAGAUACCUUUCCAGGCGUGCGGCUCAGAGCUCCUUUUCCCUCGUGUGAUCCUCCUUGCAGGUAAUGAGCAGGGUGAGAGACGACGGAGAGUCUCCGGGAAGCGACUAUCUAGAAGUGAAGAAGAGCUCAGGGGAAGAACAUUCUCCGAGCAUCGACUCGUGAGGGCAUCCCGGCGAGGAUCGUUGCAGAAGGUCUGGACAUCUGGUCGACCCUCUCCCUCCCUCUCUCUCACACCUGCGGUGUAUCUAUUUUCCAUUUUCUCCAUUGUAAACGUCUUCGGUGUGGAAGAUCGGGAAGAAGAAUCGGAUGCUCGAUCCUCUGAUUAUAAUGGAACCCAGAAAUAUUCGAAAUCGAUUGUCGCCAUCCCCAUGAACGCGCUGACCCAGAUUUAUCUCAACCACAGAGAAAUCGACCAUAGCGGAUCCAGUCUGAGGGAAGAUUCCGAUCCUUGUCUUGAUGAGCCCAUCACAGGCCGGGAGAAGAAGAAGACGAAGAAAAAAGGAAGGGAAGAAGAAAGUAAUGCCGCCUUCACCGGUCUGGUUGUAAUCUUCUCAGGUCAGAAUAAUCACGAUGUAUAUAUCAAAUCCAAAACAACAUGCAAGUCAACCCCAGUUGAUAUCUGCACCAGUUGACCGUGAUGACGAAUUCAGAAUUUUGAUGGUCAUCCCUUUUCCAAAUUUUUUGACGUCAAAAGGAACGGAGGCGGCGCGCGAAUUUCUUCUCGCUUCUCUCUCUCUCUCCCCUUCGCCGGGAGUUUUUUUUGGGACCCACCUCAUCAUAAACGACGACAAACUCGGAUCCGAGCUAGUCCGGGCCGUUGACUUCAAACUAGCAACCGAUACAUCUCUAUAUGUUUCCGCAGAGUGAACGCCCCCCCGGAAACACCCGUCAGAUCCACACGGCGAGAGAGAACAUAACCGAGCCGAAUGGGCCGGGGGCUGUCGGGUCAAUCUACGGCGGCCGAUCCGCGGUCCAAUCAUCAUCAGAGCUAAAUAGAGAGAGACAAAUAGAGAGAGAAGUAGAGAGAGAGAGAGAGAGAGAAGAGGGAAAAGGGAAGAGGAGAUCAGCAGAACUUCCAGUGGUUGUUGCACUCGACGCAGGUGACGAAGGUGGUCAUAGGCUCGUCGGCGCUACGGGUCUGCAGCUGGUAGUAGGUGGUCUUCCUCUUGCCGCAGCGGCCGCACUUGAACUGAUCGGUGGUGGCCUUAGCGGGCGCUCCUCUCUCGCAUUCAAAGAUCGCCUUAUCCUUUAUCUGCUGGUUCUGCCGCUUCCUGUCGUCGCUGGCCAUCUCCUCCGGUGCCAUCCCCACCAGCUCCGCCGGGGUGACCUCCCCCAGCAGCACCCGCCGCCGCAAGUCCGGGUUCUUCGGGUCCCUCAUGUUGAACAGGAUUGACCUGUACCGGGCCUUGUGCGCCCCCGUUGACUUCCCCAGCUUCUCGAACAUGUGGCACUCAACCCCCACGGCCACCCGGAUCGGAUCAUGCGCCGCCGCCUCGGUCUUCAAUUCCUCAGCCACCUCGCCGGGGACCCUCGCCAGCGCCUCUGCCACCAUCUCCCGGAACUUGUCCCGCACAUCGUCAUUGCACUUCACCAUGGAGGAGAGCUUCGGCGGUGGUGGCGGCAGCUUCUCCUCCCGGGUGGCGGCUCUGGUUCCGUUGUUCACUCUCUCAGAAACCCCGUUCUUCAUCUCAAUGAAUUCUCGAGAAAUCCUCUCAGGUUUCAGAGAUUCGCCGCUGUUCUGGACGGCGGCGGAUUUGUUGGGCUUUACUCCGGCAGCGGCCUUCAGCGGCAGCGACGGCUCCCCCGGAGGGUUGCUCUUCUUGCUCUUGUUCGCCGCUUCCUCGAGGACCAAGUCCUUCCAAUGCUGGCGGAGCUCCGAAGCCGCUGUCUGGAUCUUCUUCUGAGGGUGCUUCGUGAGGCAGAGGAUUCCUUUACCCACCUGCACGGAUAAUUAAUGCUGGUUACGAAGGUGCAGCCACAUAUGAUGAAAUCAACCGAUUUAAGCAGAGAUUGCCUCGCAUUUUCCUUCUGGACUGAAGAGUUCAAGAAAAAAAUGCAGUGCGUAUAAUUUCUUCAGGAAUCAUUCGGAAAUGAUUUUUGCAGACAAAAAAUGCCAAGUAACAUGAAGCCCAAGAACAUAAAUAGAAUAAAACAGAGGGAAUGAGCCCAGAUUUUUGUUCCGAUUAUGCUGAUCAGAACCCCCAGCAAGGACAUUGGAAGCCUGAGAAAGCUGGGCACUAGCUAUAAAAUUGAGGCAUAUUCAACUGAGGGAUGCAAUGUUUUCAAGCAAUUCGUAUCCAACCAAGAGAACUAGACAACAGUCAGCUGAAAGUGAGCUUCUAAAUCCAUUGUGUUCAACAACAAAAUGA